UCGGGGGUACAAUGGCCUCUCCGGCCCCAUUGUGGCCACACAAAGCCGAGAGACACCAGGCCGCGGGCGGGGACAGCCGCGGUUCAAACCAGCCCCCCCAAGUGCCCCGUCGCAGCCGUGAGAAGGUGCCCGCUGCAGCUGGCUGUCCCAGACAGGGCGGCCAGGGACAGCGCUACCAGCGGGCAGGGUGCAAAACACAGAAACAAAGGCAGCUCCACCGCCUCCAGCCCCGUCCGGCCCGGCCCGGCUUGGCGUCUCGGCGCAUGCGCCACUCCGCCCCAGCGGGAAGCGGAAGCGCUGGUUCGGACUGCUGUGAGUUUCAGAAAUCAGCCAUGGGCGUUAGAGGUUUACAGGGAUUUGUGGAAAGAGUUUGUCCUGAUGUAUGCACACCAGUAGACCUGAGAGAGAUGGCAGAAAGGCAUCGUAUCAAUCAUCCUAAUUUCCCACCUGUUAUCGUAGUAGAUGCCAUGAGUUGUGUAAAAUACUGGUACACAGCGGAAUCCUGGGUGUGUGGUGGCCAGUGGCGGGAGUACCUUGUCAGUUUAGAUCAUUUUAUUAAAGCAUUUACGGCAGCUGGUAUUAAGUUGGUGUUUUACUUCGAUGGAGUGGUAGAAAAGAAAAAGAGGGAUGAGUGGAUCAAACGGAGGAUGAAGAAUAGUGAGGAAAUAGCCAGAAUAUUUCGGUUUAUCAAGACUCACAGGAAACAACCAGGAAGAGAAAUGUUCACUGCUAUUUCAGCUUUGCCUACUUUUACACGUUUUGCCCUGAAGUUGCUUGGUCAAGAAACGGUAUGCACAUUGCAAGAGGCAGACUUUGAAGUGGCUGCAUAUGGUCUGCAACAUAACUGCAUAGGAAUUCUUGGGCAAGAUAGUGACUAUCUUAUCUAUGAUACAUGCCCCUACUUUUCCAUUGAGAAGCUCCGUUUGGACAGACUAGUCACUGUUAUGUAUUCUCGAGAAGCUCUUUGCUGUGCAUUGGGUCUUAGUUUGACACACCUCCCUCUCUUUGCUUGCUUGCUGGGCAAUGAUGUUGUUCAAGAAAACCUCCUGGAAAGCUUUUGGCAAAAAUGUCUAAUCAUCAGUCGUCGCAAGAACAAUAGGUAUAGCAGAAGAGCAAACAUACUUCUAGCUGUAGCAGAUUACAUCUCAAAACUUCCAUGCUCGUACAGCAGCCUGAAACACUUGGAAGAGAGGCUACCUUUGGGAUCAGAUAAGACACUGCUUUACAGGGGAGUGGAAUCCUAUCUUUUGCCUGGGCAGCAGUCUCCGUGGGUUCCUCCCAACAUAACAAAUUGCCCAAUCUCCCUUCAACAACAAGCAGCUGUGUGUCAAGAUAAAGAAAUCUUUCAGUUAGCUAAAGAGCAGCACAUCCAGUCUGAAAAUUAUAUAAUCUUCAAUAUCCUGAGUAAUGGAGAGAUUGAUUGCAGCAACUCUUUAGAAGAUGAAUGUGAUACAGAGAUUCCUGGACAGGCUCUCAUCUACCGUCCUGCUCGUCAGCAUGUUUAUUCUGUUGUGUUGGAAUCUGGGAAAGGUGGAGCCUGUCCGUUGAUAAAAGAGUGGUUUGUCUAUUUUGGAAAUCCUCUACAGCAGCCAGAGUUGAUACAACCUGUAGAACCUUCUGUUCCAGGUGGAACACCUGAUUUGAAAACUCUGUGGUUUGCCAAAGGGCCUGAUGUGGAAAAGCAACGAUAUGGUACAUUUCUGGCAUGCUUUCACCUUCAGGACAGAAUGGAAGAGCUCCAAGCUCUAGGAACACCUGUUGCUGCAUUCUGCUGCUUGCUGGCCUAUCUUAUGAUGCAGGUCAGUACCCUCUCUAUGGAGGACUUAAAUGCAUUUGUGGCACUCAUUCUUUGCCUGAAAGGGAAGUCUGCUGCUCAACUGGAAGCUUUGCAGCUUGCACAAGUGGACUCCAGAGCUGUACAUCUUGGCGCUGUCUUUGUUCGUGGUCUUACAACUCUGCUUAUGGUGAACAGUGCCUGUGGCUUUCCGUUCAGAAUGAAUGAUUUGAUGCCUUGGGAAGCAUUUGAUGGAAAGCUUUUUCAAGUGAAGUAUCAGCAGGCACACCAAGGUUGCUCUGUGGAAGAGCUUUUGGAAAGCAAUGAGUCUUUGUAUGCACCCUUCCAGAAUCUGAAGACUAUCAUUUGCAAUGCUUGCAUGGCUAAGAAAAGAACAAUACAGAGCAGACCAAGAGGGAGUGGAUUUACCACAGGAACACAACAAAGACAAUUUAAUCCCAAGUUCCAGCAAGCACACAGAAGUUCUUUCAUUCCUCCGUAUCAUAAUCAGACGAGAGAGUUCCUAUCAGGAAAUCCUCAACCACAAGGUAGAGAAUAUGGAUUGAGACAUCCAGACUGGAGGAGAAGAUUCCACCUUCCCCCUCACUAAAGAAUUCAUGUGCCCAGCUAGCAAGCUGAGAUGAUAAUUGCCAUUGAAAUAUUUUUUGUCUAUGAGAGACUCUUUUUAUGAACUUGUACAGAUGAACUGAUUAUGUGAUUGUGGAGAAGAUCACUCCAAGCUGUGAUACUCAGUGUGUUAAUCACUUGUCAUGUUAGGUUUAGGUUUGCUAUGAGUCCAGAGUCACUGAAGUGCAAGUUAAAGACACCAGCAGAAAAACAGUAGCAUACCACUAUGGCUAUGUUUUGACAAGGGAAAGACUGAAGUGUUUUGAGACUAAAAGUGUUUUCCAUAUUUUUAUUGCAGUUGUGUAUAUUGCAAAAGUUAGCUCCCCAUGAAUAAUAUGACAUACCCAUGCUGAAUUGUGCUUUGUGUCUUAACUGUGGGUUAUCUCUUUUGUCUUAAGGAUUAUCCCUUUGCUACUGAAGUUUGAACCAAGAAAUCAUUGAUAUAAACAUCAUCUGCCACUGAAACAAAACGACCUUCCUGUAAAAUGCAGCAAUUCACAGCAGCCAAAAAAUGCUGUUAGAAUUGUUUCAGUUGGAAAAGACCUUGUAAGAUCAUCCAGCCCAACCAUCAACCCAACACCACCAUGCCCAUUAAACCACAUUUUGAAGUUCCAUGUCCACACAUUUCUUGAAUACCUCCAGGGAUUACUUUUGGCACUUCUAGUUAAGCAACUUCUGUCUCUUAAGUGAUUGUGUGGAGUGAACCACAUCACUGCUGAGGAGAGAAAGAAUCUGCCAUGCUUUGCUACUGUAUGUUGAGGUACUGCAACAUGUCCAGAGAAGGACGACAAUGCUGGUGAGAGGCCUGGGACACAGCCCUGUGAGGAGAGGCUGAGGCAGCUGGGGGUGUUUAGCCUGCAGAAGAAGAGGCUCAGGGCAGACCUCAUUGCUAUCUACAACUACCUGAAGGGAGGUUGUAGCCAGGUGGGGGUUGGUCUCUUCUGCCAGGCAACCAGCAACAGAACACGGGGACUCAGUAUCAAGUUGUGCUGUGAGAGGUCUAGGCUGGAUGUUAGGAGGAAGUUGUUCCCAGAGUGAUUGGCAUUGGAAUGGGCUGCCCAGGGAGGUGGUGGAGUCGUUGUCUCUGGACGUGUUCAAGCAAAGCCUGGCUGAGGCACUUAGUGCCAUGGUCUGGUUGGUUGGCCAGGACUGAGUGCUAGGUUGGACUGGAUGAUCUUGGAGGUCUCUUCCAACCUGGUUGAUUCUAUGUUUCUAUAAUAAAUAAUACUUAAGAGAACUAAGUAUUUUUUUCCUCUCCAGAUUUCUAAUUUAAACACUUGUCUUCAGCAUUAUUUCUUUAAAAUGUAUGUAUUCCACUUUGCAAUUAAAAUUUCAUUGACUUAUGCCUUUAAUUAUAAAAUUAAUUAAUUUUAAACAGAUCCAGUGUAAAUAAUGUUAAAGAAAUGAGAAAUAACAGAGCCUGUGCAAUUUCUAACAGCACCAUAGAAUGAUGUGUUGGUGAACUGGUACCAUGAAAAACUCCUCUUUAACAACUUUCAUAUGUCUGCUGUUUGCAUACUCAUUCAGCUACAAAUAAGCAGUGAUCCUUUUCUUAAUUACUGACUAGGCAGUUCUAUAGAAAUCUAAUUAUAAAUCAUGAAGUAUAAAAAUUGUAACAGAGGGAAAAAGUGUCAGCAACACUUAAUGCCACAAGGAAAGUGAGUGACACACUUAGAACCGUGUUUAUCAGUUUACUCAUCUGUGUCACCUAAUAGAAAAUUGUUUCCAUCUAUGCAACCUUCAACAAUUUCAUGCUUUUCUUAGCAGACUUUGAAUGGGGCUCUCUCAAGUGGAUGGUAAUGGGACUGAGGAGUUUUCAUCUGUCUAUGUGCUGUGGAAUCACAGUAUCUGUAGCUUUGUACUUAAGCGUUUUCAGUGUGUGAUGUUAUAUAAUGACCACUCUUCUUCUCAUAAAGGAAGUAUAUGGUGAAAGAGAA